CGGGGAGGGGGGUGAAGGCGCGGAGGAGGAAGGAGGCUGCAGGGAGCGGAGUCUGCUGAGCGGGUUGAGGCUGGAAGACUUUCCCCCGGUGGAGCAAGGCGUGCUGGUGGGCGAGAGAGAGGCGGCCAGUGAGACGCUGGAGGAGGAGGAGGAAGGGGAGGGGGAAGAGUGGGCAGGAGGGGGCGAGGAGGGGGAGGAGGUGACGGGGUUGGAGGAAGGGAGUGAGGAGGAAGGAGGGGAGGGCGUGCAGGAGGAGAUCCAGGGGCUGCUGAGAGACGCCUUAGUGGCAGAAGAGGCAGAGGAGAAGCAAGCGGAAGAGGCGCAGCAAGCAGAAUCGCUGUUAGCAGCAGCAGCAGGAGCAGGAGCAGUAGGAGCAGCAGCAAGAGAGGCUUCUGCUGCUGCAGUGACGGGAGAAGGGAUCACUAAGGAGAGACCUGUAAGGCCUCGAGAAGAGAGGGUCGGGUGGGUGGGGGGAAGCACAGGGCGCGUUGGGAAGGGUUUGAAGACAGGCGAGGUGCCCCAGACGUACUCGAGGAGGAGGGCGGGCGGGCAAGGAGGGGCGGAAGAAAAAGAGGGGCAGGCAGGGGAAGGUGAGGAGGGUGGAGCAGAUCAACAGAUGCAAGCUGCAGGCACAGGAGGAUCAAUAGAGCAAGGAGGAGCGGCAGCAGGGCAAGGAGGGGCAGCACCAGGGCAGGGUGGGUCAACAGUGACGGUGGUGACGAAGCGCCCUCGCAGAGAGACGGUGCCGGUGUCAGAGGAGCAGCAGGUGGUGCGAGUCACAGAGGCCACUGUACAGAUGCAAGUGCGGGGAGAGGGAGAAGGGAGGGAAGCUGCAGCUGCAGCUGAGGUUGAGGCAGUGCUUGGCGGCGUUGCUUCCCUUCUGCCUGCGACGGCCCAACCGAUUGCCGAGAUGGCUGGUGGUUCGGAUGCCCCUGCAAAGCAGCCGCAGGAGAAGCAGCAGCAGAAGCAGCAGGAGAAGCAGCCAGUGGCAGGUGCAGGAGCAGAAAAUGGUGGCACGAGGGGGGCUGCGCCAACACCUGCAGUGGCGGCAGCAUCUCCAGCAACGAGUGCAGCCCCCAAGACUCCAACUGUGGCCCCCACGGGGAACUUACCUUCCCCAGCUGGAGCGCCAGCAACACCAUCUGCUGCACCUGCUGUGCCCGCUGCUUGGCGACUGGACGACCAGCAGCCGACUGACAUGGGAGGUCAGGCCGGAAGAGAGCAACAGGUGGCUGUGAAGACUGCGGAGGGCCCCAGGGGAGGUGGCGCAGCUACUGGGGUGCAGGGAAUGAAGCGCCCUGCUGCUAUGAUGACCCAGGGAGGCGCUGGAGGGCUGAGUGUUGCCGGGGGUGGGACCUCUGUAGGGCUAGGUUUUCCUGGUGGGUCUGUGGGGCUUGGUGCGCCUGGUGUUGGCGGAACCAGUGUGGGGUUGGGCGGCAUGGUGUCAGCGAUGGACGGGCGCAUGGUGGAGAUGGCGGUGCGGCACGCCAUGGCGGCACGCGUGGAGGGGCAGAGGAGGGCAGUGGAGGAGAGGAGGAGGGCGGUGAGGCAGAUGCGGCUGCAGGAGGAUCGGAGGAGCAGCGAGGCCACAAGGCUGCAGGCCGAGAGGGAUGCUCACUUAAGGGAGAUGGAUGACACACUGCAGGAGCUGGUUGCGAGGGCCGAGGGUCUCGAGAGGGCAGCCAAGGAAGCACGGCGGGUGGCAGACAGAGCUGUGCAGGACAAGGCAGCACAGGAGGCGGCGAUCAGAGAGAGAUACCAGGCGCUCCUAUCAGACGACAAGGAGUGGGAGGCACUUGCAGAGGCGCAACGUGAGUUCGAAGCUCAACAGGCGGAGCUGCAGGAGCUUGAAGCAAAUCAGUCAGCUCUGGUUGAAGCCCUCACGGCUAAGUUCUGGGGCGAUGUGAAGAGACAGUUGUAUGGCCGCGAUGAUUGAAGCUGCUGCUAAGGCGGUACCAUGAUUUAAAACAGCUGAGGCGGUGCAGUCGAAAACAAGGUUCUGGGGAAACUGUUAACGUAGAAACGAAUGAUUACUAGAGGUGGAAACCUAGAACAAAUACUAGUUGGUUGUACUCACUAGAAGCAUACCUCAGUCUAGCCUAUAACUUC